UCUGUUUUCCUUCCCUGCGGGCCUUUCCACCCAAGUCACCAACUGUGUCGUCUUCCAAUGGCUGGAAUCCUUUGAAAUUCCCCAGACUGCCCUUCAAGUCCACCUACCCUUUUUCUUAUUUCAAAAGAUUUCCCAACGAUUAUUUGUACCGAGCUUUGGCUUCGAUCCGAUUUCAAUUGCGAGAAAACGGGAAUGGCAACUGCGAAAACAGGACGGUCCACUCGACCCUCCACGGCUGCCAAAGAAAACGUCACGAGGACCGAGGAAGACCUCACCGUUUUCAAAUCCGACAAGUUCGACGCCGAUGCUUAUGUUCAGUCCAAGUGUUCUCUCAACGACAAGGAGAUAAGGCAGUUAUGUUCAUAUCUGUUGGAUUUGAAGAGAGCUUCUGCUGAAGAAAUGCGUAAAAGCGUUUAUGCUAAUUAUUCCGCCUUUAUACGCACAUCUAAGGAGAUAUCUGAUUUAGAAGGAGAGCUUUCAACUAUAAGAAAUCUGCUGUCAACACAAGCAACAUUAAUUCAUACUUUGGCUGAGGGAGUUCAUAUAGAUUCAGUGUCUCCCAAAGUUUCUGAAGGUCCUAACGCUAAUGGAUUGUUAAAUAUUGAAGAUAGUGAACCUUCAGAUCUGGAGAAAUGGUCAGCCGAAUUCCCUGAUCAUCUUGAUGUUUUGUUAGCUGAGAAGAGAGUAGAUGAAGCUCUAGCAGCCCUUGAUGAAGGAGAGCAGGCAGUUGUUGAAGCAAAGAAAACAGAUUCAUUGAGUCCUGCAGCACUUACAUAUCUGCAGACUUCUAUUACAGAGCGCAAGCAAAAGUUGGCUGACCAGCUUGCCGAGGCUGCUUGUCAACCUUCUACACGUGGUGCUGAACUUCGUGCAGCAAUUCUAGUUCUUAAAAGGCUUGGUGAUGGACCACGUGCUCAUAGGUUGCUCCUUAAUGCUCAUUUCCAAAGAUAUCAAUAUAACAUGCUUAGCCUUCGUCCAUCAAGCACCUCAUAUGGAGGAGCAUAUACUGCUGCCCUCUCACAGUUGGUGUUCUCUGCUAUUGCUCAAGCUGCCAGUGAUUCCCUAGGAAUCUUUGGUAAAGAACCAGCUUAUUCUUCGGAGCUUGUGAUCUGGGCUACGAAGCAAGCAGAGGCUUUUGCCUUUCUUGUUAAAAGACAUGCAUUGGCUUCUUCAGCAGCUGCUGGUGGUCUAAGGGCUGCUGCAGAAUGUGUUCAGAUAGCUUUAGGUCAUUGCUCAUUGCUGGAAGCUCGUGGCUUGGCACUUUGUCCUGUACUCUUGAAACUCUUUAGACCUAGUGUUGAGCAGGCACUCAAUGCUAAUCUCAAAAGAAUUGAAGAAAGCACCGCAGCUUUGGCUGCAGCUGAUGAUUGGGUGCUAACAUACCCCCCAGGCAAUACUCGUCAAUCUGGUUGGCACUCUAGUGCAUCCCUUAGUAACACAACAGGAUUUCAGCAUAAACUAACGAGUAGUGCUCAUCGGUUCAAUUCUAUGGUCCAGGAAUUCUUUGAGGAUGUUGGACCGCUAUUAAGCAUGCAGUUGGGAGGACAAACACUGGAAGGUUUAUUUCAGGUGUUUGACUCAUAUGUGAACAUGCUCAUAAAAGCAUUACCUGGUUCAAUUGAUGAAGAAAUGGACUUUGGGGGUACUGGAAAUAAAAUUGUGCGGAUGGCUGUGACUGAGGGCCAACAAAUUGCAUUGCUAGCAAAUGCAUCAUUGUUGGCAGAUGAACUUCUUCCACGUGCAGCCAUGAAACUGGGCCCAAGUCAGGGUAGCUACAAGGAUGAUCACCGCAGAAAAACUUCAGAUAGGCAAAACCGUCAUCCUGAGCAGCGGGAAUGGAAGAGGCGCCUUUUGAGUUCGGUUGAGAGACUAAAAAAUACAUUUUGUCAACAGCAUGCCCUAGAUCUCAUUUUCACAGAAGAGGGUGAGAGCCAUCUUACUGCAGAAAUGUAUAUUAAUAUGGACGGUUCUGCAGAAGAGGUGGAAUGGUUUCCAUCUCCAAUAUUUCAGGAACUUUUUGCAAAACUAAACAGGAUGACUAGCCUGGCGGCAGACAUGUUUGUAGGAAGGGAAAGAUUUGCUACAUUACUAUUGAUGCGACUUACAGAAACUUUUAUCAUAUGGCUCUCGGAAGAUCAAAGCUUUUGGGAUGAUAUUGAGGAAGGACCGAGGCCUUUAGGUCCAUUAGGUUUACAACAGCUUUAUCUGGAUAUAAAAUUUGUCAUAUGCUUUGCUUCCCAAGGUCGGUACCUAUCAAGAAAUCUGCAUAGAGUUGUCAAUGAAAUAAUUGCUAAAGCCAUGGCGGCAUUUGCUGCUACAGGGAUGGAUCCAUAUAGCGUACUGCCUGAUGACGACUGGUUCAACGACAUUUGUCAAGACGCAAUAGAAAGAUUAAGCGGGAAACCAAAAGCAGAUAGGGAUCUGAACAGCCCCACCGCCUCUGUUUCAGCACAAUCAAUCUCAUCUGUGAGAUCGCAUGGGAGUUCCUAGGUUAUCAUUCCUUUGACAUUUGUAUAUUCAAUAGUGAACAUAUUUUAGCAAUGAAUGGAUCUUUGUCAAAUAUUUGGUUGUCUUGGCUGCAGCUGAUGUAUUUUGCAUGAACUUAUUCAAGCAUCAAUGAUUUUAUCUUGAUCACUGAAAUAUGUUGUUUUUAUUUAAGAGAUAU